UUUUCCACACACAGUCGACAUGAACGCCGGCGAUGCGAGGGACUAUCUGUCAAAACGGGAAAUCCCGCAGCUUUUUGAGAGCAUGCUGACGGGCCUCAUGUACUAUCGCCCAGAAGACCCUUUGGCCUACCUUGAGAAUUGUCUACAAAGGACACGGGAACUUGGAGGUCCCGAACAUGUACGGUGGGAUACGUUCAUCACCCAAGAUCGACGCUCCCUUCCGCCCAUUUACGGGGGGCCAAACAAGAAACCUGUCUUCAGACCAGAUGUUGGACCAGGCCCUUAUCGCCGUUAUGAGCGACUUCCUCCAAUCCAGACUCAGUUUUCAAUUGAAAGUGAUUCCGACAUGACAGAAACGUCGGGAUUAAUUCAGGAGUAUGAUGUGUUCGACCCCACCAAGCCACGGCCACACAUUAUCUUUGUCGUUGGUGGUCCUGGCAGUGGUAAAGGCACCCAGUCCACUAAGAUGGCACAGCGUUAUGGCUACACUUGCAUUUCAGUGGGUGAAAUCCUUCGUAAUCAGCUGCUUCAACACGCCACCAGUGAUAGAAAAUGGGAACUUAUUGCACAAAUCAUUGCCAAUGGAGAGCUGGCACCACAGGAGACAACAAUCGAAGAACUGAAGCAGCAGUUCAUCAAAAAUCCCGAUGCCAAGGGUUUCGUGGUGGACGGCUUUCCGCGGGAGAUAGCGCAGGCGUUCACCUUUGAGGAACAGAUUGGAUCACCCGAUCUUGUGGUGUUUCUCGCUUGCUCAAGCACUGAACUUCGUGAGCGCCUGGAGAGGAGAGCUGCUCAACAGGGACGUCCAGAUGACAACACUCACGCCAUUGAGAGGCGGCUGGACACCUUCAAACAGAACAUUAGCCUUAUUGCAAAAUACUACCAGGAGAGGGCCCUGAUUGUGCGUAUUGAUGCUGACAGGGAAGAAGAUGACAUUUUUGCAAGUAUCAGUGCUGUGGUGGAAGAGAGGCUCUUUCCAAACGGCCUGCAGGCAGAAGGAUUUAAUCGAGAGCAGUCUGAAGAAGAAGAAGAAGGGAAUUCCUUUGCAGAGGAACUGGUUGAAGACCUUUUACUCUCAGAACAGCUCAAUAUGGCAGAUAAAAUCAAAGGCAAGAAGAUCAUCUUUGUUGUAGGUGGCCCUGGUUCUGGAAAAGGAACUCAGUGUGAAAAGAUUGUCCAUAAAUAUGGGUACACUCAUUUGUCGACCGGUGAUCUGCUCAGAGCAGAGGUCAGCUCAGGGUCUGAAAGAGGCAAGAAGCUUUCUGCUAUAAUGGAGAAAGGCGAGCUUGUCCCAUUGGACACAGUUUUGGACAUGCUGAAGGAUGCCAUGAUUGCCAAAGCUGAUACCUCUGCAGGUUACUUAAUUGAUGGCUACCCUCGUGAAGUUAAGCAGGGCGAGGAGUUUGAAAAGAAGAUUGGACCCCCUACUCUGCUUUUAUAUGUGGAUGCUGGCGCUGACACCAUGGUUAAAAGACUAAUGAAACGUGGCGAGACCAGUGGACGUGUGGACGACAAUGAGGAGACAAUCAAGAAAAGACUGGAUACUUACUACAAGGCUACUGAGCCAGUCAUUGCAUUUUAUGAAGGCCGUGGCAUCGUCAGAAAGAUCAACGCUGAAGGCACAGUGGACAGCGUGUUUAGCCAGGUUUCCACCGCCCUCGACGCCCUGAAGUAAAGCAGGCCCCUCGCUCCUGGAGAGACGGCUCUAGUGAAUCUGCUUCACAGACCAGGACAUGUCUCAGGCUGGAAAUGAUCCAUAAACAGAUGCUUAAAAAGACAAUCUUUGCCUUACUGCGGUCUUCACCUCUUUGUGCAUUCAAGUCUUUAAUUAAAGAAGUUGAGUGCUGCAGACACCCCGUCCAUAUGAUUGGAAUUUUAAUGUAAGAAGAUAAAAAAAGAGACUUAUUUUCAUUUAUUGUAAUUUUACCUUCUUGGCUUUGGCAUCCAAAAUAUUUAAGAGAGGAGAGUAUAAUGCGUUUUGAAACGAGUUGUUUUUGACUUUACAGUUUCACUGGUCUCUGUAACCUCAGACGAGUCAAAUUAUGUAAAAAGACCGCUGCGUUGUGACACUUUGUUGUCUCUUUCCUUCCCGUUUUUUUUUCUUCCUUGUCUGCUCUUUUCUUCCCACCUCUGCUGUCAUUAAAUGUCAUCUUCUUACCUGAC